AUGCCUGAAACAACUGAAAUCAAAUCAGACAGUGGUGAAAAAGGAAUCAUAUAUGAAAACAACCAUGCCUAUUACUUAAGCAAUUCAGAUUCACCUGGUAUGACUCUAGUCAACAGUGUUUUUGAUGGAAGAGGAUACCCAGGUUGGAGAAGAUCUAUCCUUCUAUCUCUAUCAGCCAAGAGAAAACUUGGUUUUAUCAAUGGAACUUGUAAGGUUCCAGACCUAAGAUCUGCAGAUUUUGAGCAAUGGAAUUGUGUCAAUGACAUGAUUAUAUGUUGGAUAUCAAAUGCAUUAUCUAAGGAUAUUGCAGAUAGUGUAAUGAGUUCCAAAACUGCAAAAGAACUUUGGGACAGCCUGGAGCAGAGAUUUGGCAAAUCAAAUGGUGCCAAACUCUAUCAUCUGCAAAAGGAAUUAUCAGGAUUAGUACAAGGCAAUAGUGACAUUGCAGGUUACUUCACCAAGGUUAAGAGAUUAUGGGAUGAAUUAGAUGGGAUGAAUGCGAUUGCCUGUUGCUCAUGUGAAUGCACCUGUGAUGGAAAAGCAAAGUUAACAAAAUCACUGGAAGAUUAG